AUAACCUCAAGACUCAAUAUUUUUUUUUAAGACUCAAUUUUUUUUUGUUGGACUCCGCCGAUGGAGCAACCCCUUUUCCUUCUAUGCCUUCUAGGAUGUUUGCUAUUGGCGAGGAACCAGUGGGGAUUAGGGUAUCCCCCUAUCACAAACCUUACUGUAUAAGCAAAAUUUUGAGCGCACUUGAUGAAAACGAAGUCAAGUCUGUAAGAGUGUCCCCAUUCGGGAAGCUUGUUGAAAUUGUGGAGAAACCACCGUUCUCUAGGUGCUUCCGCUGGUUUCUUAUGUCAAGACACUUGAAGAUUUCGAAGAAGCACGAAGGCAAUUCUAAUGGAAUAGGAGAUGACACGGUUCCAUUGCCUGAUGAAUACACAGCUGAAGAAGCCCCUGUUGGCGCUGAGGAUGCUUCUGGAGUUGGAGAAGACAUGAUCGAUGUUAAUAUGACGGCUGUAAACAACCUCAAUGAACCCUCGUCUACUGGCGUUGUCAAUAACCCAACAUCACCUUUGGUGGACCGCGAUGCCAAUACCGUGAUGACUGUCGACAGGGGUCUAUUUUUUCCCCAUGGCGACCAAUUUAUCAACCAAGAAGUACCAGUUCAUGCCGCAGACGAUGAUCCUCUUGUGCCGCCAUAUAGAAAAAAGCAAGCCAGCAAAGGUUAUUCCGAGAGCGCUAGUGGGAGAGUACCAGUGUGAUAAACAAUUCCUCACGCGUGCGUGGGAAGCACAUGUUACUGCUCUUUGUAGCAGUCCAAACAAUGACUAUGCUGCCAAAUUUCGUUCACUAUCAGAGAAGCUCAAAUCUCCAUUCGACAUAAAUGUUGGUGGCCUCUCUCUUGAAAGCAGAGAGUUGUCUCUAAUUAUUGAAAGGUCUUCCAUUUAUCGGCCAAGAGAAGUUUUGCAGUCGAACAAAAUUACCUGCCAAGUAUUCCUUUUUCUACUGAGACAAGCCGGGAAACAACUAAAUGCCAAAGAUUUGAAGACAUUAUCCCUUGAUAGACCCCAUACUAUUCCCCAGAACCACAGCCAGUUCGACUUUGGCAUUACCACAACUCUUCUUAUUCAAGCUCAUGCUGUUGGGGGUAUAGAUGUCUGAAAAUGCAUUACAUAGGAUGUUUUUGACGUGGAGGUGGAAAGAUUGCAGUCAUGAUCUAUGAAGAUAACAUUGGAGUCCUCUGAAUUUAGUGACCGAAGCUUUCAACGAUGAUCAUUGUUAUGGUGUUGUGUUGUACUAUCUACCCCUAUGUAAUAACGAUCAUCGUCUACCGUUUUUUUUGAACAACUUCUAAGAAUUCCAAAUUAUCUCUUGCUAUGUUAACGUGUAUUUGUGUUUUC